GUUGGGCCGGCAACUCGGCACUCGCGCUCGAGACCUGAAGCUCCGAGGUUACCCAGGCUAACAGUCGGAGCGUCUUGCUGUCCUUGGUCCGGUGGAUGCUGGUCUGCAGGUGCUGACCAUGAUCUUCCCAACUGGUGGAUCCGCCGCCGCCGUCGACGGCCCCGGCCCCUCCGGGGGUGGCAGGGUGCGACGCAUGCGGGGCGGCAGCAAGAAGGUGGUGCAGUGGCGGCAGCAGAAUGUGCAGCAGGGGUUGGUGAUCGUGGACGAAACGCAACUCGCCAAACUCAUCAAAAGGGAGCCGAUCGAGAAGUACUACGACAUGGACCCAGCGCCGUUCGCAACUGGAAUGUUUGCGUCAGUCAGACGUUGCCGGUCGAAAGAGACAGGGCAUCUGUUUGCUGCCAAAUUUUGCUCGAGGGUUCGAUAUGGAGAUGACUGCAGCGCUGAAAUCUAUCACGAGCUCACCCUGCUCUCUCUAUGCGCGCCGUCGCCACGGAUAAUCAGGCUCCACGACGUUUUUGAAACGGCAAAAGAAGUCAUCAUUGUCUCUGAAUAUGCGCCUGGAGGAGAUUUGCAGACAAUCAUAGAUGAAAACAUGGUGCCGUUCGAGUCAGAUGUACAGCAUUUUGUGCGCCAGCUGGUGGAAGGACUCGCCUACAUCCACGACCGAAAAAUUGUGCACCUCGACAUAAAGCCGCAAAACAUCGUGAUGAUGGGCCCGUUUCCCGAGUGCGACAUCAAGCUGUGCGACUUUGAGAUCUCCAGGGUCCUGCUGGAGGGCGUGGAAGUUCGAGAAAUCCUUGGAACUCCGGACUAUGUCGCUCCUGAAAUAAUUCACUACGAGCCAAUCACUUUUGGAGCCGACAUGUGGUCACUUGGAGUGACGGUCUACGUCCUUCUCACCGGAUUCUCGCCGUUUGGUGGUGAAACAGAUCAAGAAACAUUUACCAAUAUCUCCCGCUGUGAUCUUGACUUCCCCGCGGAGCUUUUCGAGGACGUAUCUGCAGAAGCACAAGAUUUUGUUGCCCGUCUUUUGGUGCGACAACCAAACAAGCGGAUGACGUCAAAAGAAUGCCUGCGACACCCAUGGUUGGCCAAGAAGUCGAGGACCCCAUUGGGCGGCUCAGUGAAGAAUAUAGCGACCCGCUCAGAAUCGCCAAUUACCCCGCAAAUUUCGAGUCACGCCUCGCAAAAGAACCUGCGCAAGUACAUGUCCAAAUCUCGAGAGGCACUGUUCGAGCGCGUCUCCGGCAGCAACCUGCGCAAAAACCUGUCCAAGUCGCGAGAGAGGUUGUGUGAAAGCCAGUUCUCCUUGGUUUCCAAGUCGAGGGAGAAGCUGCUGAUGCUAGAGCCGUCAUCGCGCUCCAUCGAGAAACUGUACGGGCUGCGCAGCCUGUCAAAGUCGCAGGACGCGCUGACAAUGAGUGCGAGGGAGCUGUUCGCGCUGAGCCCGGCGCUGGCCAAGCAACACCGGCUGCGCUACCAGAGCGAGUGCGUGGCCCUGAGCCCGCGGGACGCCGAGGCGCCCACCCCAACGCCCGAGAUCGUCAGCACGCCUGAGAUCACCAUCACGACGAUCGAGGACGCCGAGCCCAAGGCAGAGUCCGAUCAGAGCCCCAAAAAAGGUAGCAAGACGGCGUGCAUCGCUCCGGCAAAAUUCAACAGCCCCAAGAAGGAGCCGGUUAUUGACAGCAGCCUGUUGCUGCAGGAGGAGGACAAGGAGAACAAGCAAAUGCCGCAUGCGUGUCAGCCGGAGGAGCAAGAGCCUGAGGCGGAGCAGGCACCGAAAGAUGAGACUGACAAGGCUCCCGGCAACAAGCCGGCGAGGCGCAAGAGCUACAGUCCGACCAGCAGCGAGGAGGAGGAGCCCAGGUACUCGGUGGCCCAGUUGGUCACCGCUUUCAACACCAACGAUCAAAUGGCCGCCAACUCAGCCAAAACCUUCGACAAAAGUCUGCCGAGCAAGCUCAAGUUCGUGUCGAGCUUCCCAACGGGACCGAACGCGCUGCGCCUUUUCAUCCCUGACAUCGUGUUCGAGGACAGCAAGCGGAAACGCAGUCCCAUGCCCAGGGUAGCGGGCAGCAACCUGGACCCGCUGGCUGAAAUCAAGGAGCAGAGCGCCACCUCACCAGAGAACAGCGUGUCGCCGGUGCCGAGUGUCGACGACGGCAAGGUGUUGCUCGACGACAGGAACAACAACUCGCACGGCCAGUUUCUCAAGGUAGGCAGCAGCGAGGAGGUGCGGCCCAAGGAGGCCAACCGCCUUUUCAACCGCUCUGGCUCCCUGUCCAGCGAGGCCAGCGGCUACGACACGCUCAGCGGCGCGUCUAGUCUUGUGUCCCUAGAGGAGCCGUCUCCGCCCAGCAGUCUCAAUCCGGUGGUCGAAAUCAUUAGCGAGGCCAAGAGUGAGGAGAAGGUCACUCAUGAGGAAGAGGAGGAGGAGGAGGAGGACAAGUCGUCCCCAGAGCCGCCGGACUUCAAGCCCAAGACGCCGAGACAGAGGUCCUCCAGUCUGCAGGUGGACUCGCUGCGGCCGCCAUGGGGCACUGUCUGCAUUGGCUCGUACAGCAGGGCGAUGGAGAGGUUCAACAAUAAGAGUAACCAGCCGAAAAGCGAACGGCAAAGACGGAAAUCCAGCCCUUUAAUUAAAACGACAGCAAGAAAUUGAGUUUAGCGGACGCUCUCUCUGUAAAAUACACACAAAGAAAUACUAGUCAGUGAAUUCAGUUGACGUAAGAAUUCAAAACGCUCACUUGCAAGGUUGAUAUUUCUGUCUUUGACGGUUUGCUCAAAGAAUUUUACCCCAAAACAGCUGUCGGGAAUCACGUAAUUGAAUUUAAAUCGCAUUCAAUUUCAAAGAUUUCACCGAUGCUCGCAAUAAAAUGCAUUUUUUUCGAUUCGGCGAGUCUUUUUGACAUUAUCCUCGAGAUUCUCUUGAGGAAGCCUCUGUUGGCCCACCAAUCUAUAUUUAUUUCGAAAAACCUAAAAUUACUAAUUUUGCCACUAACUUCAAUCAAGAUCGCAACUUUAUCUUUUAACUUAGCGUAAGAUAGUAUACUAAGCAUUAAGGACACGUCUGUAAGUGAAAAAUGUUGAAUAAAGAUUCUUAAACCCUAAAA